ACACUAAUGUCAUUCUCAUUGCAAUUUGCUGAAAUGCCAAUUGUCACCACAAUUGAGAUAUCCAUAUAUUCACAAUUUCACAUUGAUUCAUGUCGCAAGUCCUAACCCCAAAAUUUCUUCAAAACGUAUCACUCAAAAUUUCAUUUGACAAAAUCAAACCACCUUGAUCCCUUAAGACACAAGACACAAGACACCCUUUUCUCACUGUUACAUGCUCCGCAACAUAACCACAUACACAUGCGAGCGUAAAAAACGUGUCGUAACGUAAAAAAAUGAAGAACCGGUAUCCGGUGCCGGAGAAACGGUGGUUCGUGGUUCUCUUGGUGGUUGGGUUGAUCGGAGUGGUGCUUUACCUCACGAGCGCGAUCCGAACCUCGGAAACGGUGGUGUGCCCAGGCGCGUUGGGGAUCCGAACCCGAACCGAAUUCAAUUACGAACCGUCCCCGAUCCAGCUCCGCGCGAUUCUCCACUACGCGACCUCGCGCGUGGUGCCCCAACAGUCCGUGGCAGAGAUCAAGAUCAGCCUGGACGUGUUAAAAUCCCUGGGCCGGCCCGUCAACUUCCUGGUGUUCGGGCUGGGCCACGACUCCCUCAUGUGGGCCUCGUUCAACCCAGGCGGCACGACGGUUUUCUUGGAGGAGGACCCAAAGUGGGUCCACUCGAUCCUGAAGGACGCGCCGGGCUUGCGGGCCCACACGGUGCGUUACAGGACCCAGCUGCGCGAGGCCAAGGCGCUGCUAACCUCGUACAAGACCGAACCCACGUGCGCGGCGUCGACGGCGUACCUGCGGGGGAACGAAGCGUGUAAGCUGGCGCUGCAGAAUCUUCCGGAGGAGGUUUACGAGACGGAGUGGGACAUGAUAAUGAUCGAUGCGCCCAAAGGGUACUUCGCGGAGGCGCCGGGGAGGAUGGCGGCGGUUUUCUCCGCCGCGGUGAUGGCCCGCAACCGGAAGGGAUCCGGUGUGACGCACGUGUUUCUGCAUGACGUGGAUCGCAAGGUGGAGAAGGUUUAUGCCUUGGAGUUUCUUUGUCGGAGGAACAUGGUCAACGGUGCUGGCAGGCUUUGGCACUUUCAGAUACCUCCUUCGCAUUCCAAUUCUUCGCGUUUCUGCUCCUAGAUUUUUCCUUACUAUCAUUCUUUCUUUCACUUUUUAGGCUAUGCUAUCUAUCAUGCAACAUCAUCAUACUAUAUCAUACAUUUACUUUACUUUUUCUCUUUUAAUUACCGCCUCCAUGCUUUCUUCUUUUACGUUUUUGUUGUUCGUGAAUUUGAAGACAAAAGGAAUCGCUGGUUUUAAAUUAAGUGAGAAUAUAUAAUUUCAUACCAGCUGAGUAAGGUGCAUGGUGAAUUGGUGAUGCAGUGCAGUUAACUAAGUGAUUGCUGUUAGAAAAAAAAUAUGAAAUUAUUUAUUAUAUUUUUUGAAGCAUUAAAAAUA